GGUUUAUUUUUGGAGGGGUGGGGGAGUUUAGGGUGGUCGUGUGACGCGGAGCAGCGACACACGUGGCUUCUUGGUCUGUGCGUGAAGAAACAAAUGGAGUCCACGCAGCAGCAGCAGCAGCAGAACGGGCCACCGGUGCGGCGGAGGCGGCGCGUGCGUUGCGAGAGCACAGGUGAGGUCUGGAGCCACGAGGUCAAAGAGAUAACUAACCUGCAUGCUCUCUCUCUCUCUCUCUCUCUCUCUCUCUCUCUCUCUCUCUCUCUCUCUCUCUCUCUCUCGUUAUCACAUGUUGACCUCUGCCACUGUUGCGGGGUUUACACAGACUUGCAUCGAUUUCCCAAAGACUUUAAAGGGAUAUUCUGCUGUAAAAUUAAUUCAGGGUCAAACCCACCGUAACACCGAGUCAGACCCCCCCUCCAGAGAUGAAUGUUGUCGACCUCUUGCUUCUCUAGUUAUACCAACUUUAGUAACCCCUCCUGGGGAUCCCAAGACUCACCCAGGCUCUGGAUCCACCCCAAGAUCUCCUCCUAGUUUUGCGGACCCUUAAAGGGGUGUGUAAUUUUGGGUUGCAUGAGUUAAAGGCUGUGUCCUAAAUGGAUCCCUAACUCCUCUAUAGGUGACUAUAUGGGGCUUAGGGGCCAUUUUGAGGGGUGUCCGAAACCUCAGUUAUCAAUUCCAGUGCCCCAUAUAGGUGACUCAAUAUUUCCCAUAAAGCAUUGCAAAAUGUAGUGACCAUCCAAUGGUCACUCAACGGUGGUGGGCAUCCCGUCAUGCCGUGUAGUGUCCAAAACCUCCGGUAAUUGAGUUCACUACAUAGUCAGCGUCUCGGUCUGAUUGUAUUUCCAUGAAGAAAUGAUCAUAAAUGUUCUUCCUUGAGCUGCCGCACCCCGCUGUAGUCCGUAAUGGACUGGCCUGAGGUCUCUCUACAAACAAGCGUCUGCUGGAAGAGAGUAGGUGAGUUGUGUUUAGUCUCUUUGUUAAAGAAAUGAGUCAAAGUUAAAAAGAUGUUUGGUGUCUAGUACUAUGUCUGUGACCCUAUAUGUCCUGUUGAUGAAGUUAGGUGCUGUUCUGAGCAUUAUUUGUGGCUAUAGAGUGGCGUUUUGGUUGAGGGCGUGGCUCUCUGUAUUACUAUCCUGCGGUCGUUACUAAAGUUGGUAUAACUAGAGAAGUAAGCGGUCGACAACAUUCAUCUCUGGAGGGGGGGUCUAACUCGGUGUUACGGUGGGUUUGACCCUAAAUUAGUUUUACGCUGGAAUAUCCUCUUAACGCACGACUCCUGUUCUCUGUAACCAACUCUGACUCACAGACCCUCAAAUCAACCUAAAUGAACCUGCAGCAGUGGAGAUUCUGUCCUAUUACGUCUGUCACUCACACACACACUCUCAGAAACAGUGUGUGAAGCUCUUUCUGCUCUGAGCCAAGUUUCCUGGAAAGUAAAGAGUGUUUACACGCUCAUUAGAAACCUGGUGUGACUUUCAGACGGGAACAUGAAAAUCAGGGUUAUUUAUAUCUGAUCUGGGCUGUAUCCAGGCGUCUGAUCCCCUCUCUGCAGCUGUAACUUUACUUCUCAGCGCCCCGGUCUCUGUAAACCCAGAUCAGGUAUCAGGUAUGUGACAGCUUCAGAACUGGAUGAGUGUUUACAUGGUCAGGAUUCCCCAUGAAAACCAGGGGAGCCGUGCACUCUCAAAUACUGGAAACGUGCAAAUAUGAGACUGUAAGAGUUAGGGGUGGGAGAAAAAAUCGAUUCACAGAAGUAUUGGAAUUUUUUUGUUUAGCAAUUUUUAAAUGUUUUUUUUUUUUUCAAGUUUGAGACUAAAGCUCCUUUCACACCGGGAGCGUUUUUUUCGUGCGAUUAUUUCAGACGUCAAUAUUUUUUUUGAAACCGUAUCCUGUCAAUACAAGCGUUCACAUCAGCGGCGUUUUCCCGUCCUGUGAUAUUCCAGCAUUUAUUUUUUCGGAUCACGGUCACAUUUUAUUGAGAUGAGUACACAGUCUUCGUCAUAAAUGCAAUGAUACUAACACUUGGUGUAAUAAUUUCUUUCAGUUUUCUGCCUUGGUUUCCUCAUUUUUAGUUUUCAAAGAAUUCUCAUUUCAGUGCAUCACCACGUUCUCUAACAUAAACUGUGUUCGGCUAUAGAGGGUCGUUUUGGUUGAUGGUGUGCACCUGGAUUUUGUGGAUGUAAAAAAUGUGCCGAGGCUCAAAAAAGGUUGAAAAACUGGAAUAGAGGACACUCUGAUUGUCAGCCGACCCCUAGAUUUGAAGCUCCAAACGCUGAAUCCAAGUUCUCUUUUCAGAGCUGAUAUUGUAAACAAACCGAGAUUAUAACAUCCUGAACUCUGCAGAUUUAAUCAGAGGCUGUUUAUCCAAUCAGGAGGAGUCAAAGUUUGGUAAAUAUGGAGGAAAGUUUCCCACAAAGUCACACGAGGCUCUUAAAAGCAGAAAUCCCACAGCGCAGAAAAAAGAGAGAGAGGGAGAGAGAGAGAGAGAGAGAGAGAGAGGGAGAGAAAAGAGAGAGAGGGAGAGAGAGAGAGAGAGCGAGAGAGAGAGCGAGAGAGUGAGUGAGUGAGUGAGUGAGUGAGUGAGUGAGUGAGUGAGUGAGAGAGAGAGAGAGAGAGAGAGAGAGAGAGAGAGAGAGAGAGAGAGAGAGGGAGUGGACUCCGUUUAGUUGCAUCACCUCCAGGUCACAUGGUUACGACUUUGACAGAUGUGUGUCUUCACAUACCGCUGCAGAGAAACCAAGAACACACACACACACACACACACACACACACACACACACACACACACACACUCCCUUAAACAUUCCCACACACACACACACACACACACACACACACACUCCCUUAAACAUUCCCACACACACACACACACACACACACACACACACACACACACUCACUCCCACACACACACACACACACACACUCAUAUGGCUGUGCUGAUUUAUCAUGUGACGAGUCAUCAGAUCAAACUUCUGUCCAGCUGCUCUCUCUCCGGUUCAGCGGCGCACACUUCCUGAUUGCCGGGUCAAAGUUAAGAUUCGAGCUCCGUGAUUGGUUGAAUAUAUGACCUCAUAUCUGGGUUUUACUUGGGCAGUGGAGGUGAUUGACAGGUCAGUGAGCCAAUCGGAGUCUCUCAGCAGGUGUGCUGACUGACAAACGAGUCGAGUCUCCUCCCCCGCUGACAGCAUGUGAGACGGUUCAAAAUCUGUACGCUCACCUGGAGGGCUCCUCUUUCCUGUGUGCUGCUGUCACACACACACACACACACAGAUACACACACAGAUACUCACACACACUCACACACAUGUCAGAAACACGGAGCAAACUCACCCAAAAUCCUCUGGAGAAGACGUGGGUGCCAUGGAUGAAGAGCAGGCUGAGCCAACGCAGAGGCUGUAAGUACAAACACACACUGUCAGUGACUGACACUAAUGCUCUACAUGACACACACACACACACACACACACACACACACACACACACACACACACACACACACACACACACACGGAAACCACAUGACAGGUUGGUUCUUGUUCUCUGAGGAGACAGUUUAAGGAGAGCAGAGCGAUGUCUGUGUGUGUUUGUGUCGUCGGUUCAGAGGAGCGCGGCGUCCUCCUCCUCUGUGACAGACCUGAGGGACGUUCACCCCAGAAGUUCACCAUGGAGCCACGUGGACUCCAAACGACUCUAAAACCAUCUAAACUCUGGGUUCUUCUGCUGCAGCUCUGCAGAAAUAAUCUGCAGAAAUGUUUGGAGUCUGAACUUCUGCUGGAUUUGAAGAAGAAAAAGAGGAGAUUCUCGCCUCUGAGAGUGGAAUGGUGGAGUUUCCUCAGACUCUGGUGUAGAUCCAGUUUUAGGCUCAUGAUUAAGAUGGUUUUAUAAGAGUGUGUUUGGUUUCAUUUUGACGGAGACUCUCUAGGCUUUCAUUCAAGCUCAGUUAUGAAUCCUUCUCACGAACACAGAGGGAAUCUCUGUGAUAUCCAGAAACACCACAGACACACAAAGACUCUGAGGUUUCAGGAAAAGUAUAAUCUACACAAACUUAUCUUUUUAAGGUGUUGCUGUGAGUCACAUUCACAUGUUUGUGACAGAGCUGAAAAAACUGUAAAAGCAAAAGUUUGAAAAAAACAUUUAGACACAGAUUUAAAGUGCGUUGUGAUUGGCUUAAAAGUGAGGGUGAGUCUUUGACCUGAGCCGUAAGGAGAGACUCUGGAUUUACGGGUCGAUCUACGUGCCGAUCCUCACCUAUGGUCAUGAACUUUGGGUAAUGACCGAAAGAACAAGAUCGCAGAUACAAGCGGCUGAAAUGGGUUUCCUCCUCAGGGUGUCCGGGCUCAGCCUUAGAGAUAGGGUAAGGAGCUCGGACACUCGGGAGGCGCUCAGAGGAGAACCGCUGCUCCUCCACGUCCAGAGGAGUCAGCUGAGGUGUUAGGACGCCUUCUGGACGCCUCCCAUUAGACAUGCUAGAGAAAUUAUGUCAAUAAAGUCGAAAUAUUGAAAUUACAAAAUGUUGAAAUGUCGAGAUUUAAAAAAUAAAACAUUUUGAGAUUAAAUUCAACAUGAACAAAGUCAAAAUUUUGACUUUUUAAAAUUUCGACUUUAAUCUCAUAAUGGAAAUUAAAAAAUCUCCUCCUGUAAUGAUUUUUGUGACCCUGAUCCUCUUUCGUACUCGGUGUUUGUCGUCAGUUUGGGAUGUUUCCUCUUGAUUUGUAGGUUUUGUCUCUUUAGUGAAGUUUAAGUCACUUUAAAGGGUUAAAUGUAAGAUAAGGAGGUCCAGCUACACACUGACAUUUGUUAAUCCUAAUCUGAGAAGUAAACACUACAAGUUUAAGACGAGUGGUUGGAUUAGGAGGUGAAAUCCCAGACUUGGCUGUCUCAUUACUAUUACAGAACGUUUCCAGCUGUGCAAAGGAAAUAUUGAUAAACCGUCUUUAAUUCCAGUUUUCCUGAUCGAUAAUGUUUUUGUUACCUCUCAGACUCGUUCAUUUCUGACUCGGCAGGUCUUCGACAUCGUCUCUGGUCAGCUCAGGUUUGACGGUCUGUUUGUGUGUUUCAGCGUCGGUGCCUCAGUUCACCAACUCUCCCACCAUGAUCGUGAUGGUGGGACUCCCGGCGAGAGGGAAGACCUACAUCUCCAAAAAGAUGACCAGAUACCUGAACUGGAUCGGCGUCACGACUAAAGGUCUCACCUGAGUCCUCCUCCUCAGUGGUUGUGGUUUUGUCCUCUGAACCAGUUGGAUAGUCCUGACCUCCUUCUCUGUGUUUUAGUCUUUAACGUGGGUCAGUACAGGAGGGACGCCACGCGCAUCUACAACAGCUUUGAGUUCUUCAGACCGGACAACACCGAGGCCAUGAAAAUACGCAAGUACGAACCUCAGCGCCAUCUUUAGGUCAUGACUCACAGAAACAUGUCUGAAAGAGGAUUGUCUGUGUGUCCGUCAGGGCCUGCGCCAUCACCGCCCUCAAAGACGUGUGCGACUAUUUCACCAAGGAGCUGGGUCAGGUGGUGGUGAGUGAAGUCCGUCAUUUCUGUGAAGUAUGACUGCGCCGGCGAAACCUAAACUUCACCGCUCUGUCUGAUUUUGAAGGUUUUUGAUGCCACCAACACGACCGCAGAGCGCCGAGAGCUCAUCCUCUCCUUCGCCAAGGAGAACGGCUACAAGGUCUGUCUUUUUAUUCUUGAUUUAAACUGUUUAAAAAACAUAAAUGUAUGUAAGUUUCUCUGUUUUUGCCUCAAACGUCCAGGUUUUCUUCGUGGAGUCGAUCUGUGACGACCCUGACAUCAUCGAAGAGAACAUUAAGGUGAGAGAAAUCACGGCGCCGAGCCAACAGCAGCGUGAAACCAGCGUGUGCUCUGUGGUUUGUUAUUGGAGGAACAGGCUGACCUGAAACAGAGUCGAGUUUCUCAGGUGGUCGAGUUUGAUCCAGGAGGGUCUGUUUGGACAUCUGGAGGGCCGCCGCCCUCCUCCUCCUCCUCCUCCUCCUGCUCUCUCUCCAUGUUGUUCUUCUCUUCAGUUUUCCUAAUUUCACUUUGAAACCGUCUGUAACGUCCUCAGAGGAGAUGAGCGUCCUCUUUGUUUGUAUUUCUCUGGAAUAGUUUGGAUAUCUGCUGACUUCCUGUUUACUUGAUGAAUAAUGAAAACAGACACGGGCUUUUCAGAGUUAUCUCCAUGCUGUUGCUGUUUGACGGACGGUGUGCUGCGUUCAAGUGCAGCUUAUUGGCCCUAAAGAGGCGAUACAACAACCUGCCCCAGUUAAAGUUAACCCUUUAAGUCAGUUUGAUGUUUCUCUUGUAGUUUAGUGUCCAACUGCACCAACCCUAAAGGAGAAGAAAGUGAAUCUUUACAUUUUAACCCGAGAACACCAUCGCCUGGUGAUUUUAUCCAAACCUGUUUUUAGGUGAUCUUCAUGAUGUUGUGUUUGUCUGAGUAUCUUCAGUGUUUCGUUUGACGUCUUUGAAGACAGAUUUGUUUCUCUGAUCCUAAACCUGUUUUUUCCUCCAGACUCGUGUUCACAGGCUGAUGUUAGUGAUGGAGGGUAAAGUAGGUUUGACAGCUGCAUGUAGAGAAGAAGGUCAGUCAGAGCGGUCCUGGAGUUUACAUGAUAUCUUUUUUGCAGAGUUAAAAAUAAAGAAAACGACUUUAAUUUGUCAUGUAUUCUCCUAUUUUGAUGAAGUCCUUUUUCUUGGGUUUAUUAUUUCAGGUAAAAAUCACCCGUUGAUAUUGAUGGUGUUACUAAUUUUAGCGGUAGUGUUCUUGGGUUAAGCAGCUGAAGGAAGAUCUCAGGACACGGUCUCAGCGGUCUGCCUCCCCCAGCCUAGACUGGGACUCUGGGUUCCUCCUCUCCGGUCAGAGCCUGGGAUCAGUCUUAAUUUUCCACUCUCCCCCGCACUGUCACGCCACAGGGACUUGUUGGAGUUCUGUUCCCAGUCUGUCAGGUUUUACUGAGCUGCUGCUGCUCACAGAUGUUCCCCUCCUCUCUUCUGCUGAUUCAGUGUUCACCCGACAACACCAAACAUUGAUAUAGAUGCUCUAGAAGCUCUCGUCACACUCUUCAUUCGGUUGUAAACAUUCGACAUAGAUACUUAGAUGCUGCUGCAUGAAGCCUGAAAUGACUCCCUCAGUGUCUCUGCCUCUCAAACAGCAAGUGAAGCUGAGCAGUCCGGACUACGUGGGCUGUGACAAAGAGGAGGCCGUGGCGGACUUCCUGAAGAGGAUCGAGUGUUACAAGCAGACCUACGUCCCGCUGGACGACGACAAAGACAGGUGAGAGAGUCCACAAUGUCAGAGUCUGUCCAGAGUUUCUAUUCCUGUCCUCUCUGGAUGAUUUUCCGACGUUCAGCUCCAGAGUUAUUUUAAUGAGGUGAGAGAGGAGCUGUGGUCUGAUGUUCAUCUUGGAUGUCACGUUUUCAUAGUUUUCAACGAUUUCACGUCUCCAAACCUUCGUGGUUUUAAUAAAUGAACCUGUCCGGACUUUAAAGGACAGUUUCAGAUGGUCCAACAGUUCUUACAGUCUGACUUUAGUGAACCUCAGAGUUAUUGACCCGAGACUCCACCAACCGUUUACUGUCGUGAUUUUCCUCCAUCGUCUUCUCGUCUUCAGGAGUUUGUCCUACAUCAAGAUCUUUAACGUGGGCAGCAGGUACCUGGUGAACCGAGUCCAGGACCACAUCCAGAGCCGGAUAGUUUACUACCUCAUGAACAUCCACGUCACCCCAAGGUCCAUCUACCUGUGCCGCCACGGAGAGAGCGAGCUGAACCUGACGGGUCGCAUCGGGGGAGACUCGGGGCUGUCGUCUCGUGGAGCUCAGGUCAGGGUCGUCAGAUCUGUGUUUGGUGAUGAUCUGAUUCUCGGUUCUGUUUUUACUCACUGAUGUUCCGUGUGUUUGUGUGUCAGUUCGCCAGCGCUCUGGGUACGUACUUGCGCGGACAGUGCAUCAGUGACCUGAAGGUGUGGACGAGUCACAUGAAGAGGACCAUCCAGACGGCCGAGGCUCUGGGAGUCCAGUACGAGCAGUGGAAGGCUCUCAACGAGAUCGACGCUGUGAGUGGUGAAGCUUAUCUGUUCGGGAUGCAUGCUGGGAGAUUUUUACCGUAUUUACUGGAGUACAAUAGGACUAACUGGACUAACAGUCUAAUAAAGGACUUAGUGGAAAACCAGGAGCUGUGUGAUAGUCAGUGAACUCUGAUGUUUGUGUGUCUGUGUGUGUCUCAGGGUGUGUGCGAGGAGAUGACGUACGAGGAGAUCCAGGAGAAUUACCCAGAGGAGUUUGCUCUGAGGGACCAAGACAAGUACCGCUACCGCUACCCCCGAGGAGAGGUGAGGAUCAGAGCGGAAAAAAACAAGAAGACAAGAGGAGGUGUGCUCACUUCCUGUCUGCGUUUGUGUCUUUUUUUACCAUCAGUCAUACGAGGACCUGGUGCAGCGUCUGGAGCCGGUCAUCAUGGAGCUGGAGAGGCAGGAGAACGUUCUGGUCAUCUGUCACCAGGCCGUCAUGAGAUGUCUGCUGGCUUACUUCUUAGACAAAAGUGCAGGUGAAGAAAAAGCUGAUAGUUUUCAGAAAAACAUGAAUAUCAGAAGCUGCUAAUGAACAUUAAUAUUUGACAAAGUUUUGGCCAAUUGACUUCAAACUGACACUCAUCCUGAUGUUACACUGAAACAGAUCUGACUGUUCUUCCUCUUUUCUGUGUCAGGUGAGCUGCCCUACCUGAAGUGUCCUCUCCACACCGUCCUGAAGCUCACCCCCGUCGCCUACGGUCAGUCUUCAUCCAUCCUGAGCAGCACGACUCUUUGAACCUCGUAAACUGAAUCUGUUUCUGUUUGUGUUUCACUCUCAGGCUGUAAAGUGGAGUCUGUUUUCCUCAAUAUCGAAGCUGUCAACACGCACAGAGACAAACCCGUGGUGAGUCACUGAUGUCCCCCUUUAAAGCUCCAGUGAGGAGUUUUUUGGGGGGGCUUAUGAAAUAGACUUAAAGGGAUAUUUAUUAUUUAGGGUCAAACCCACCGUAACACUGAGUUAGACCCCCCUCCAGAGAUGAAUGUUGUCGACCGCUUGCUUCUCUAGUUAUACCAACUUUAGUAACGACCGCAGGAUAGCAAUACAGAGAGCCACGCCCCCAACCAAAACGCCACUCUAUAGCCACAAAUAAUGCUCAGAACAGCACCUAACUUCAUCAACAGGACAUAUAGGGUCACAGACAUAGUACUAGACACCAAACAUCUUUUUAACUUUGACUCAUUUCUUUAGCAAAGAGACUAAACACAACUCACCUACUCUCUUCCAGCAGACGCUUGUUUGUAGAGAGACCUCAGGCCAGUCCAUUACAGACUACAGCGGGGUGCCACAGCUCAAGGAAGAACAUUUAUGAUCAUUUCUUCAUGAAAAUACAAUCAGACUGAGAUGCUAAGACAGAAGAACUACAGCGUCUGUAAAAUGAUUAAUAUGGUGAUUAUUACUUCAAGGAAAUGAUAAAGAAAUGAUAAAGGAAUAUCCUUUUAAACUCAUGCUGAAGACUUUCCAUGACACCUAAAAACAAAUGAGGCCAUCUGUGACAAAACUGAUGAAUUUUAUAGCAAAACUUUAAAAUAUUCAAAUUUGACUGUCCAGAGUCACCAGGAGGAGAUUUUAUAGUUAAAAGUCACCACUUAAGAUUGGGAAUGACCGUUUUUGUCCACAUGGGGGCGCCAGAGUUGACACAGAAAGUUUUCUCUGCUGGGUUUUUGUGCGACUCCAAACUAUUCAGGAAAAAUACCAAAGUCACACGACAGAUGAAAAAACAGACAGACCAGAGUAUGAACAGACAAAAAACUGAUUUGAUUUUCUCAUUUCUCAGAACGUGGAUGUGGACAGAGACCCGGCGGAGGCUUUGGAGACGGUCCCAGACCAUAUCUAGACCUGGUUUCACCUCCAUCCAUCCUCAUGGACUGUGGCCUUUUUUUAAUUUAAGUAAUCCUAGUGUUCAUUUUCAUUCGCGUGGUCUGUGUUGUGAAAUGGUCGAACUUUGUGAUAACACUGUAUAAAACCCGAGAUUUCUCCAAUGGUAGCCUAUCUCCAUUGUAAAUGCACUUUAUAAUGAUGCAGGGCUCAGGCCCCGGGUCUGUGAUAUGAAGAAGAGGGGUCCUUCACUGACCAGACCACCAUAGGAAAUCUGAAAGUCGUUACUGUUUUGUUUUUAUCUUCUUUUUUCUUUCUUAAAGGACUAACCAGCGUGAAACUAAUUCAUUCAGUUUUACUCAAACUGACCUGCUGGUCUGAGCCAUUUUUCAGUUUUUCUGCUUUAUAUGAGAAUUCAGCCGACCUGUAAGCAGGUGAAGAUUCUGACCAGGUGUGUUUCUGUCACUUCUGAAAAAGAGGAAAUCAUUGAAGGUUUUCGAGACACUCGUGUGUCAGAUGAGAAGCCCUGAGUAAACUCUAAACACUCUGAAUAUUCGCUUAGCGUGGCACAAAGACCAGAGAAUAGUUGAAAUCAUAGCAUCAUGUUAAGAAACGCAAAUAUAAAAUGAAGCUGACAUGAGUGCCUUCAGCGUGUACUUUCACAGUGGCCACCAGGGGGCGACCCAGCUGUCAAAAAAGAGAUUUAUUUCUGAACUUAUCAAUAAUGAGCCCACCUCUCUGUGGAUCAUUAAAGCUAAUGAGAUUAUUUUUCAGCUGGUUAAAAGACAAACUUAGAUUAGAAAUGAAGUCCCUCUGUGACCUGAGAAUCAAACUACAGGAGGGACUUUCUCCAGGUGGCUAAGUGAUUGAAUCCACACUGAUAAUACAGCUCUUUUUCACCUGCUGUUUUACCCAUGAAUCUUAGAUUUCACUGUGAAAGGGAGCAGGAUUUUUCGUUUAAGAAAGUAGAGAAGAAAAUGGAUAAAAAUGAUCUUAAAAAGGCCGGAGAAAGCAAUAUAAAUCUAAAAUAAUGUGCAAAGCUGUUAAAUUUAAAACACGAACAGAGCCAGGUUACUGUUUCUUCUUAUUUCCAUUGUGUGUGCGAAGCCAAGCUAACCUCCCCGGGCUCAUGUCGACUAUUUACACACACACACACACACACAUGUGGAAUCAGUUGUUUCAGUCAUUGUGUAUGGUGUCUGUACUGUCACAGAGGUGCUGUGUAAUGUGCGGGUUUUCGAGGCACUGUUAACCCUUUGAGAGUCCAACCAGAGGGGACAUUUGGCACUUUAACUGCCCGACACCGUGAAGUGCCUCCUGGGUCGAAUUAACACGACUCCUCUAUGCAGCCUCCGCACACAGACUGUCGUAUGUGUCGAACCCUCAUCCGUCAUUCAGAUAAGAUACUUAAAGGGAUCUGGUGCAAUGUGUCAGUGUGUUUCUAAAUAUGACAACAUUUCAAGAUGGCUGACUGUAGUUUAGUGUAGCUGUGUUGUGAUCAGAAAACUUGGACUUGGGGUCAAAAUCUAGAACUUUUAUCACAGAGUCUGGGUUCAUACUGAAGAAGAUUAGGGUUGCUACAAAGAAAGAAGUCAACUCCAUACUCAAUUUUUCCUGUGUUUAGGGAGGGGGGUAUCUGAGUUUUAUGUAAGAAUUUUGACUCUUUUUCAGAAAUCUGUUUUUGAUCUCAGAAUGCAGAGCCCAGAGUCAAAAUUCCAACCUUUUUUUUUUUUUUUAAUUUUGUCUUCAUCUGUGGAAAGUGUUUUGGAACUCUAACAUUGAUCUCAGAAUUGUUACUUUUUCAGAAUUCUGUCUUUGAUCUCAGAAUUCCAGGAUCAAAAACAGAAUUCUAAGAUUAAAGUCAAAAUUCUGUUUUCAUUUGUGAAAAUAGUUCUGAAACUUGUUUUUGGAACUCUAACAUUGAUCUCAGAACUGUUACUUUUUUUCAGAUCUCUGUCUUUGAUCUUAGAAUUUUAAGUUCUAAGACAGAAUUCUAAGAUUAAAGUCUGAAUUUUGUCUUCAUUUGUGGAAAUCGUUCAGGAACUUUUAAUGGAACUCUAACAUUUAUCUCAGAAUUGUAACUUUUUUUCAGGAUUCUGCCUUUCAUCGUAUAACUCUGAUUUCAAAUUAUAUACUUUUUUAAAUUUUUAGUUUAAAGUCAGACUUUAGACUUUUUUCUUAGUCUUCUGAGAUUAAUCUCAAAAUUUUCAGAGAAAAAAAUAGUGGCCCCAGUCCUUUUCCAUAAGGUUUCAUGAAGCUGGUUCAGAUAAAUCUUUCACAGUUCUUUAUUGGGAAAAUGGCCCAUGUUAUGUUAACUGUAAGAAGUUUUUCUCUGUGACUAAAGUCUUUAUGAAGGUUUGGAAAAGGAAAAGAAGCUUAUUUUAUCCCCACCCCUCAUAUGGAAAGAUUGUCAUAUUGAAGGACUGAAGUUUCAGGGGUCAUUACUGGACUCAACAUGGAGAUUGGACUGAUAGAUACCAAAAGAUGUGUCCUUUCAGUUAAUAAGAAAAACAUAAAAUGUCCACAAACUCUGAGUAAGUUUAACAACAAGUAACAAAUAAAAAGUACACUGUGAGAAAUAUGGUGCUUUCCUCUUUUACUUGAGCUCUGAAUAUUAGACACUUGAAAGCAGAAUAACAGGAGUCAGUGCCUAAAAUGCCAAAAAGAUGCUUUAAUGACUCCAUGUCAAGGGGCUCAUAAAGCUGUUCUUGGUGUAUCUGGGGUUGAAUUAUCCUCUAGGUUUGUAAGAAAAGAUGAAGUUAAGAACAGCGUGCACUUUAAGGUUCAAUAAGCCCAAAUUUAAUUGUGCUUUCACUGAACUUCAGAAACUCUUUUCACUUUAACAAUUUUUAGGAUUUACUUCAAUCCAAAUAAAAAAGAUGUCAUCAAGAUGACGUCUGUCAGAGAGUUUGGCCCUGAAUCUAAGCAGCAAAAGAUUGGACUAUUUGGGUUUAUUUCAACAUUUUAAACUGAACCAGCUCCAUGACACCAGGAAACCUGAGUGAACCCACAGAUAUCCGGCCUAAAUUCUGCUUUCUGUUCCAGUCUCUGGAAGUGUGCAUCUACUGCAAAGUUCUAUAAAGUUGUGCAGAUUUUUUUUAUCCUCUGAGUGAGCAAUAGAAAAAAAAAACAUCUCAGGGGAUCCUUUUGUUCAAAAGAAGAGUAAAGACAUAAAUACCUGCAUGAAGGUCUUUCCACAUGAUGUGAUACUUGCAGCUAAAAGAAGGCGAGCUGUCCCUUUAAAACACUUUAAGUUCUUGUCAGCGGAGGAGAACCCAGAGUCAAAUCUGUGCAAUCAGCUGUGCCUGUCAUCGAAGCUGAAACCUUAAUGUCCAAGCAAUAAAAUAAAAAUGAAUUACUGAUGAA